AUGAGCCAUGCGGAAGUAAAAUUCAUAAUUUCCUGAGUCAUUGCACCCCUGUUUCAAAUCUGCAACGAAACCUGUCAUAGCAUCCCCUGUACGGCUUCUUUAACUUUUGUGUUUGGUAGUUUAUUGAACAAUGGAGGGUUCUGUAUCAAAUGUGGAGGUCUGUAAUUUUGCUUACACGGGUCAGUUUGAUAAAUUAAGACAGUGCAUCAUGUCAGAUAAAACGCUUGCCUGCAAAACAGACCAGGACCAUAGAACCGCUCUGCACUGGGCUUGUUCUGCCGGCCACACCAAAAUUGUGGAGUUUCUGCUUGAUCUGGGACCUGAUGUGAAUCUGCAAGAUGAUGCUUCGUGGACCCCCCUUCACAUUGCAGCAUCUGCUGGCAGAGAAGACAUAGUGAGAGCUUUAAUAUCCAAAGGAGCUCAGCUGAAUUCAAUAAAUCAAAAUGGAUGCACCCCUCUGCACUACGCUGCUUCUAAAGACAGAUAUGAGAUCGCUCUGAUGUUGUUGGAAAAUGGAGCAGACCCUAAUGUCACGGACAAGCUGGAGUCCACUCCCCUCCACAGAGCGUCUGCCAAGGGCAACUACCGCCUCAUCCAGCUGCUUCUCAAAGAGAGUGCCUCAACCAACAUCCAGGACUCACAGGGCAACACAGCACUGCACCUGGCAUGCGAUGAGGAGCGCGUGGAAGCAGCCAAGUUGCUGGUGGAACAUGGGGCCAGCAUCUACAUUGAGAACAAAGAGGAGAAGACCCCCAUCCAGUUAGCUAAGGGUGGACUGGGAAACUUACUUCGUCGAAUCGUAGAAGGAUGAUUCAUUUGCUUCGUCCUUGCUUAUAUCCCCACCAUUGCAGAGCUACUUUAUGAGAAUUCUCAUCCCAGUCAACCCCCCCUGAGCGUCCAGGAGUUACACAUUGGAUGUGAAACAGGUGGGAGAUGAGACACUCUUAAGGAUGAAUGCUGGACUGUACUGCAAUCUUCUCAAGUGGGGCAGUGAAGCCACUCAGACCUAAAUGUUUUGUCAGAAACUCUGCAAAAACCUGCACUAAGAUCAGUUUAUCCAACUCUGUAGACCAGAUUAUAUGAAGUUUGGAUCAUUCCAAAAUGGCAAAAUAAAAAUGAGUGCUUAGCCUGUUUACAGAGAAUGUUUUUCAUUAAGGUUGCCAAACUCAGGCAUGAGUCAGGAUGGGCCAGGUGUUCCAAAGCACACCCUCUUGAAGAAAGUGUGGGUUGGCACAGUUGAUUUAUAAAAAAGUUUACCUUUGUGAUAACGGAGGAGUGUAAGGAUGGAGAAGUUUCAUUAAAACACAAAAAAAUAAUGAAAUCGACUAAUCUAAUGUUCAUACCCCGAACACAACACAUUUUUAAAAACUGUGGGACACUUUGCCAAAUGUAAAAAUAAAUAUAAUGAUGAUAGUGAUGAUAGUGAUGAUUUGCAAAAUAUUAAAACCCAUAUUCAACUGAAA